AUGAGGAGGCCCCCUGGGAAUGGAGAGACGGCCAGCGAGGGUAUAAGAGGCUGGGGCCUAUGGGGCCGACAUGAGCCCAGGAAGCUGGGCUGUGCUGGCCCCGACCGCUGUGGGCAGGCUUUGCUGCAGAUUGGCAUCAACAUGAUGGCGCUGCCUGGAGGCCGCCACCUGGACUCCAUCCCCCUGCCGGGUCAGCGGCUGCACCUGAUGCAGGUGGACUCGGUCCAGCGCUGGAUGGAGGACCUGAAGCUCAUGACGGAGUGUGAGUGCAUGUGUGUUCUGCAGGCGAAGCCCAUCAGCCUGGAGGAGGAUGCACAGGGCGACCUCAUCCUGGCAGGCGGUUCUGGCCCCGGAGACCCCCUGCAGCUGCUGCUCAAGCGGGGCUGGGUCAUCAGCACUGAGCUGCGUAGGAUCGGGCAGAAGCUGGCCCAGGACCGCUGGGCACGCGUCCAUAGCAUGAGCGUGCGACUGACCUGCCACGCCCGCUCCAUGGUCAGCGAGUACAGCGCUGUCAGCAGGAGCUCCUCGCAAGAGAUGGGCCAGAUUGAAAAGCUGCUAAUGGAGAAGUGCUCAGAGCUGUCAGCAGUCACAGAGAGGUGCCUCCAGGUUGAGAAUGAGCACAUCCUGAAGUCGAUGAAGGCUUGUGUGAGUGAGACCCUGAGCACGCUGGGCCAGCACUUUGGCCAGCUGCUGGAGCUGGCCCUGACCCGGGAGGUGCAGGCACUGGUGAGAAAAAUCGAUGCCUCGGACAAUAUCUACACCACAGAAUCCACAACAGGGAACCUGUUCAGCCUGACCCAGGAGGGGGCUCCCUUGUGCCGCAUCAUAGCCAAGGAGGGUGGGGUCGUGGCACUCUUCAAGGUCUGCCGGCAGGACAGUUUCCGGUGCUUGUACCCGCAGGCGCUCCGCACGCUGGCCUCCAUCUGCUGCGUGGAGGAGGGUGUCCACCAGCUGGAGAAGGUUGAUGGCGUUCUGUGCUUGGCCGACAUCCUGACUGACGACAGCCACUCGGAAGCCACGCGGGCUGAGGCUGCGGCUGUGGUCGCCCAAGUCACCUCCCCACACCUGCCCUUCACCCAGCACCUCAGCAGCUUCCUGGAGAGCAUGGAGGAGAUCGUGACAGCCCUCGUUAAACUGUGCCAAGAGGCCUCGUCUGGGGAAGUCUUCCUGCUGGCCUCUGCGGCCCUUGCCAACAUCACCUUCUUUGACACGAUGGCCUGUGAGAUGCUCCUGCAACUGAAGGCCAUCCGCGUCCUCCUGGAGGCCUGCAGCGACAAGCAGAGAGUAGACACGCCUUACACCCGGGACCAGAUUGUGACCAUCUUGGCAAACAUGUCUGUCCUAGAGCAGUGUGCCUCUGACAUCAUUCAGGAGAACGGGGUCCAGCUUAUCAUGGGCCUGCUGUCUGAGAAGCCAAGGUCUGGGACCCCCGCCGAGGUGGCGGCCUGCGAGCGAGUCCAGCAGAAGGCUGCAGUGACCCUGGCCCGUCUCAGCCGAGACCCAGAUGUGGCACGGGAGGCAGUGCGGCUGAGUUGUAUGUCCCGCCUCAUUGAACUCUGUCGCUCACCCUCCGAGAGGAACAGCAGUGACGCCGUGCUGGUGGCCUGCCUGGCUGCUCUGCGUAGAUUGGCCGGGGUCUGUCCUGAAGGCCUCCAGGACUCUGACUUCCAGCAGCUGGUCCAGCCCCGGCUUGUGGACUCUUUCUUACUCUGCAGCAACAUGGAGGAGAGUUUUGUGUAG